UGUUUGAUUAUGGCAAGCACAGCAGCGGGCUACUUCCGGCCCAGCGGACAAGAAAGUUCGUCGUCGCAUCGAAGCCCCCCGAAUCCAACAGUCGACGACGAGAGCGAGAAUGAGAACGACGAUCCUGUCGCAAACCAUUCGAGAGAAGAGGCAUUGCUUUCUGAGGACCCUCUAGAGGAGAAUGGACCAGAGAUCAUGUCCUUCAAACGUAAGCAGAAGCAACCGACAGCCUCGCGAUUUCUAUCUGCCCUUACAGGCAGCAACAGCCCCGCGCGUCAAGCUACGCCCUCUCCCCGACCUGGAACACCCAGCCUACAUGGUUUAAAUGCUAUAGGCGGAAGUACAGAGGGAACUAAUAAUCUAAAUUCAAAAGAUGGAGGCCCACUCGACUGGUAUGUGGAAGGCCCGGGCCGAAGAGUUGGGUACGAGGAUAUGACCGCAAUCGACUGGAUUUUCGAAUACACAAAAGAACGACAGCGUCUGCGAACUCUGUACUCGAGUGCUACUGGAAUACUGGGUUAUGUACAACAAUCUCUAGACGCAAGUCAGAUCUGGGUGGUCUUGAUUUUGACGGGGCUUGCAGCGGGCGUCUUUGCGGCAGCAAUAGACGUGGUGAGCGACUGGCUUGGAGAUUUAAAGACAGGAUAUUGCUCUGCUGGAGAGGAUGGUGGCCGUUUUUAUUUGAACAAAUAUUUCUGCUGUUAUGGAUACGACGGAUUUUCGCAAUGUAGAGAUUGGCUGUCUUGGAGCGUGGCUCUACAUGUGACAUCAGCUGGAGGUAAAUGGUUUAUAGAAUACUUCUUUUUUCUCUCAUUUUCGGUUGUUUUUGCUCUCUGCGCAACUUUGUUGGUUCAGGAGUACGCAUUGUUUGCGAAGCAUAGUGGGAUACCCGAGAUCAAGACCGUGUUGGGAGGCUUUGUUAUACGGCGUUUUAUGGGAACAUGGACUUUAGCUAUAAAGUCCCUUGGAUUAUGUCUGGCAGUCGCAUCUGGAAUGUGGCUUGGGAAAGAAGGCCCACUUGUUCACGUAGCAUGUUGCUGCGCGAAUCUUUUUAUGAAAUUAUUUGGCAACAUCAACGGAAAUGAAGCGCGGAAAAGAGAGGUUCUGUCUGCUGCCGCUGCAGCUGGGAUAUCGGUUGCAUUUGGAUCUCCCAUCGGAGGAGUUCUCUUCAGUUUGGAGCAAUUGUCGUAUUAUUUUCCCGACAAAACAAUGUGGCAGAGCUUUGUCUGUGCGAUGACGGCUGCUGUUACACUGCAGGCGCUCGAUCCGUUCAGAAGUGGAAAGCUUGUGCUCUACCAAGUAACAUACAGCACUGGCUGGCACGGAUUUGAGAUGGUACCUUUCGCAAUUUUAGGUAUCUUCGGGGGUAUUUACGGUGGCCUGUUCAUCAAGUUGAACAUGAAAGUUGCUGAAUGGAAAAAAGCUGCUACUUGGCUGCCUGGACCCGUUACCCAAGUUGCCAUAGUAGCAUUACUUACAGCACUAAUCAACUAUCCAAACUUAUAUAUGCGAGCUCAGUCUUCUGAAUUGGUCUACUCGCUCUUUGCAGAAUGUUCCACAGUUGUUGACGACCAGUUUGGGCUGUGCAAAACGGGGGCUGCCACGGCUGGAACAAUCUUUUUACUUGUGUUUGCAGCCAUUCUUGGCUUUUUCCUCGCCUCGAUUACAUUCGGCUUGCAGAUCCCAGCUGGUAUUAUCCUGCCUUCCAUGGCGGUCGGCGCCCUUUUUGGGCGGGCAGUUGGAAUCAUCAUGGAAAUUUGGGUCCACAACCACCCAACCUUUUUUCCAUUCGCAUCUUGCGAACCAGACGUCCCUUGUGUUACACCAGGAACAUAUGCCAUUAUUGGCGCUGCGGCUGCACUUGGUGGAGUUACUCGAAUGACGGUAUCGAUCGUCGUUAUCAUGUUUGAGCUCACUGGAGCUCUCACUUACGUCCUUCCCAUCAUGAUAGCAGUCAUGUUCAGCAAAUGGGUCGGCGAUGCAUUCGGGAAACGCGGGAUCUACGAGAGCUGGAUUCAUUUCAACCAAUAUCCAUUCCUCGACAACAGCGAAGAAACCGUCAUCCCAGACAUACCCGUCAGCCAAAUCAUGACACGCGUCGAGGACCUAGUAGUUCUGACAGCAACAGGGCAUACUAUCAACUCCCUUACCAAUGUCCUAGCCACUCACCCCUGCCGCGGCUUCCCCGUAAUAUCAGAUCCGAGGGAAGCAAUCUUGCUAGGCUACAUAUCACGAGCAGAAUUAACAUACAACCUCCAAAACUCCACCCAACCCCCACGCUCCCUCCCUCUAGAAACCGAAGCCUUCUUCUCACACCAACCGCUCGCCGACCCCCGCACAACGCUCGAUCUCCGACCCUGGAUGGACCAAACGCCCAUUACUCUCCCCUCACGUUCCAACCUUCUCCUCACCGCCACCUACUUCCAAAAACUAGGACUCCGAUAUGUUCUAUUUAGCGAUCGGGGCGUCCUCCAGGGACUGCUGACGAAGAAGGAUGUAUGGUAUGUGUUGAAUGGUGCAGAGGAGACGAGACGUACGACGGGUGCGGAUGAGGGGCUGACGAGGGAGGAUGGGCAGGGUGAGCAGAGCGGGUUGUUGAAUAGGGAGGAGAGUAGUGAAGAUUUAACACCGGCUAGUCCGGUUGGUGAUGUACCUAUAUUGUGA